AAUAAGCAAGCCUCAACAUAACCUAUGGAUUUAACUAUUGCUAGGUAAAUAAGUACUUGAGUUCGUUGAGUUUGCCACGCCUUUAGUACGUGAAUAUUUUAUUUCUCUUUUGAUUUAAUUCAUUAAAGCUAUUAUAACGAAUAUGGAGGAUCAGAUAGCGCACAGUUUUGAAAAUUCAAGAAAACCUAAGUGUAUUUUACUAUUUAGUGGAAAACGAAAAUGCGGAAAAGAUUUUAUUACAGAUAUAUUACACAAAAGAUUAGGUGAUGAUAAAAGUGUAAUUAUCAAAAUAUCAGGACCAAUUAAAUUACACUGGUCUAAAAAUUCAGGCCUUGAUUUAAAUAAAUUAUUAGAUAAUAGCGAAUAUAAGGAACAGUAUCGCUUUGAAAUGAUUAAAUGGAGUGAAUCUAUAAGAAAAAAAGAUAGUGGAUAUUUUUGUCGUGCAGCUAUUGAUAUGUAUAAUGUACGUGACAAACCAAUUUGGAUAGUGAGUGAUACUCGUAGAAAAACUGAUAUUCACUGGUUUCAAGAAAAUUAUAAAGGUCUUUGCAAAACUAUCCGUGUAAUUGCUAAUCCGGAACUAAGGCAACAACGUGGAUGGAAGUUUGUUGCAGGUAUUGAUGAUGCAGAAACAGAAUGCGAUUUGGAUGAUUUUGAUAACUGGGAUUUGAAAAUUGAGAAUAAUGGUAAUGAUGUGGAAACUAUUUUAGAAAAAAUAUUAGAAUUAAUUAAUUAAUAUAUACGUAAAAAAAUGUAUUUGAUAUUUAACAUAUUUGCUUAACCAAUAUUGCAAUAUUAAAUCUAAAUUUAAUAAUAAUUUAG